CAUUGUCAAAGAGUCGGGGGUGAGAGAAAUGGCUCCUUGGGUGUUAUGCACACAGCCUAUAGAGGGCUGCAGAGGCGAGGUCUCAUAACUUAGGGCAGCAGGGGGACUGGGAAGGAUCUAUAGUAGAUGAGGUAUUAGGGAUAGCUGGAGAGUCCAGAUUGUUAUGAAUGAACUGGCCUCUAACUUCCUAGACAUCCUGAUUUAAAUCAUAGUAUUAAACUACAAUCCCCAGAGACCCGAGGAGCUCAUUUAUCAAGCUUUCCGGGGACUAGGGCAUUUCCGGCGGAAGCGGACGCUGCUAGCCAUUCUUCUAAUUUAAAUGCUGUUGACUACGACUUCCAGUGUCCUUUGCGCUGGGACGAAGAAAGGAAGCGGAAGCUGCAUGGGGAGCUGCUGCAGGUGACAGCGGCAUGGCCAUGUCCCAGACUUUCCGGCUGGGGCCUACCCAUGAACCUGCAGGUCCUCUGCCUUGCACUAGAAGCUUGGCUGAGGGCUUCCUGGAGGAGGAGCUUCGGCUCAACGCUGAACUUCGUCAGCUGCAGUUUCCAGAGCCUGUGGGUGUCAUCUAUAACCCAGUGGAUUAUGCUUGGGAGCCACACAGUAACUACGUGACUCGCUACUGCCAAGGUCCCAAGGAAGUGCUCUUCCUGGGCAUGAACCCAGGACCCUUUGGCAUGGCCCAGACUGGGGUACCUUUUGGGGAAGUGAAUGUGGUCCGGGACUGGUUGGGCGUUGGGGGCUCUGUGCUGACCCCUCCCCAAGAGCACCCUAAGCGACCAGUGUUGGGACUGGAGUGCACACAGUCAGAGGUGAGCGGGGCCCGAUUCUGGGGCCUUUUCCGGAACCUCUGCGGACAGCCCCAUAUCUUCUUCAGGCAUUGCUUUGUCCACAAUCUGUGUCCUCUGCUCUUCUUGGCUCCCAGCGGACGAAACCUUACCCCAGCUGAGCUGCCAGCCAAGCAGCGGGAGCAGCUACUGACGAUCUGCGAUGCAGCCCUCUGCCGGCAGGUUCAGCUGCUAGGGGUGCGGCUGGUAGUGGGAGUGGGGAGGCUUGCAGAGCAACGGGCGCGAAAAGCUCUGGCAGGGCUAAGCCCAGAGGUGCAGGUGGAGGGGCUCCUGCAUCCCUCGCCUCGAAGCCCACAGGCCAACAAGGGUUGGGAGGCAGCGGCCAGGGAAAGACUCCAAGAGUUGGGGCUCCUGCCUCUGCUAACUGAUGAGUGCCCAGCCAGGCCUUGUACACCUUAGACACCCAGUUUUACGUAGCAGAUGACUAUACACAGGGUUUUCUGGGCUCCCUGAUGGAGGAAACAUUUCAGCCCUGUUGACUGUCUUCUAAUGGCCAGGCAACCUCUGGGCAGCUCUCCGGCCUUCUUCCCAUCUCUUGAGCAUCACCCUUGUGUCUCCAGUGGCUUGUACUGCACAGCAUCAGCAGAAAGUGAGCCUUUGUACUCACCUGCCACGUCAUUUCCUUGGGAGCCUCUGUGUGCAGAGAGUCCUAGAAAGGGAUGCCUGAGGUCAUAUUUGAAGUUUUGGAGGAAAAAUCAUUUUAAUUUUAAUCUUUCCUCUUUUUUUUUUAAAUUUAAAUUGGCAUGCUUUUUGACACUGCCUCACAUACACUAGGAAAGCUAACACUGAUCUACCUCAGCCUUUUUUUUUUUUUUUGACACUAAUUGUACAUAUUAGUGGGGUUCAGUGUGAUGUUUCCACACAUGCAUUAAGUAUACUGAUGGAGUUCAACCUCCCUUUAUCUGUCCUCUCCACACCUCCCCUCCUCAACCAGAGGAUAAUCUUUCCAGAAGCUCUACUUAUCCUUACAAAACAUCUGCCUUUAACUGGCUCCUCUUCCCCCAGGAGCCAGGACAGACACCAUGUUGAGGAUGAACUUCUUAGCCAGGUAUCUUGGCACACCCUUGUAAUCCCAGCACUCAGAGGCAAGAAGAUCAGGUUAGGUUCUGUCUCAGAAAUAAAUAAAUAAAUAAAUAAAUAAAUAAAUAAAUGUAAUUUCUUCAGGGAGACUAAAGUUGGAUCUGAGGGAGACUUCUAUGUGGUAGAGUAGGAAAGGUCUAGCUUUUCAUUCCCCUCUCCCCCAUAAGGGCUGUGAAUUUUUUUUUUUUAAAUCUCCUUCAGCCAUGCAAAGGUGGUGUAUGCCUUUAAACUGAGCACUUGGAAAGCAGAGGCACAGAAUCUCUGAGUUCAAGGCCAGCCUGAUCUAACAAGUGAGCUCCAGGACAAUCAGAUCUACAGAGAGAAACCUUGUCUUGAAAAACGAAAAUUCCUGUUUUGUUUUUGUUAUUUGUUUUUAGAAUUGAAGCAAGGUCUCAUUGUAUUGGCCUAUAACUCAUAAUGGAGACAAGAUCCAGUCUUGACCUCAGAGGAAAUGUCCUACCUCUGUCUCCUGAAUGCUGGGAUUAAAAGGGUAUGCCACCAUAUCCUGUUUGCUUCUGCAUUUUGAGACAAGGUCUCACUGUGUAGUAGUGGCUGGUCUGGCACCCUCUCUGUAGACCAGAUGGGCCUCAAACUUGUAGUGAUCUUCCUGCCUAAAUGCUGGGAUUACAGGCAUGUGCCUGAUAUGCCUAUCGACAACCUCUCUAAGCCUCAAGAUUUUCUGUAAAAUGGGGGUUCAGCCUCCUGGCACUGGUGUGAGGUGUGAGGACUGAGGGAGCAUUGCAGAGCACUCUGCAGAGCACUUUGCAGAGGUGCUCACUACAAUCUCAUCCUGCUUGCCUCCUGAACUGGGGGUAUCAUUGCACUACAAAGGAAUUCCUGUCCACUCUGAAGACCUUUCUUUACUGGGGAAGGACCAAUGUUAUGAAGAUUUCAGCCUGUGAUUUUUUCAGACUAAGCAUUAAAGACUCCUAAGCCUUCUUGUGUUGGUUCUCUCUUCCCCUUCUACACACUUCAUUGGUGGGAGAAUGUUGCUUUUAGGCUAUUUCCUCCCUUCUCUUCUUACCUAUUCACUGUUUGCAAAAACCUUUCUCAGGUAGCUUGGAGAGGGGUAUGUCAGACCUCUAAUUGUGCUAGCCAAGCUGUGGGGUUUUUGGUUGGGGGUCUGUCCAGUAGUUCAUCAGGUACUUGGGGCACUGUUGGGGUUGAUGGGAAGGCUGGUGUCUCCUGCAUGGUUGGUUGGGUGAUCUGUGAUAAGGGCUAGAGAGUGAACCACAAUGGGCACAGUUCUUGGGACUACCUUAAUGAGGAACAUGUGGUCUCCCUAUCUCAUGGGAAACAAGUCAUCUCCAACAUUCUAAAUAUUAGUAACAUUUUAAUCAACCAUCCCUAGUUCCUGAGAGGAAACGAAAUCUUUGAAGUUUCCUCAGGGAUAGCUAGAAGUGUCAUUAUUAUUCCUGGUGGAGCCUCAGAGAACAGCAGGAUUUGUUAAGCUUUGACUCAUGAUGGAGGCCAGCUGCCUAGAAAGACCAGCUUUAUGCUUUGAGGGGUAGAAAUUUGAAGGGUGGGUGAUCAGCCUGAGUGCCAGGAUGGGACAAGGCUAGAGAUUGAGUUCAACCAAGUGGCCCCUGAUCUCAAAUAAUUAGACCUACACAGUGACCCUGACCAGAACUCUAGACAGUAGUUUCUGCCAAACUUGCUGAUUGGUGAACACAUGUAUGUUUGUUUCUUUUUGGGUGGUUGGUUCUGGUUUGUAUUUUUGAGUUGUGGGGAUUGAACCCAGGGUUUUAUGGAUUUGAAGUGUGCACUGCUCUGUCACCAAGCAACAUCCCUAGCCCGUGAUUUGUAUUUGUGAAUAAACUAUAAAAAAUAAA